AUGUUGCCUGAUGGAAAAAUCGAAUCACUAGGUACUCACCUGGAGCAAUUCAAGCUCAAUGACAAGAGCCGACAGAGUGAUUUACAGAACCUGCUCAAAGAAUAUGGCCAGCUGCUUGGAGACUAUAAAGUGCUGAAGAAAGCGCUUGACGUCAAGAAUAACAAGCCAGCAGUAGUUCUACCAGGAUCCUCUACCCGUGCUGCUAAGCCUAAGGGUUCCUACGUUCUUGUGCUUGUGGAUGGCAAUGACUAUAUAUUCAAUGAGGAGUUGAUCAAAGAAAAAGAGGAGGGCGGUAUGCGCGCUGCUCGUCUACUAAACGAUGCGGUGGAAAAAUAUAUACACGACAGUGUCCCUGGGGGGCACAAGGCGCGCAUCAUUGUUCGCAUCUACGCUGAUCUUACGACCUUGUCAAAGCAAUUGACAAAACAGAAAGUGACAGGACCAGAAAAGCGUUCUGUUGCAUCAUUUUCGGCGGCUUUUACGCGUGCUAUUGGUCUCUUUGACUUUGUGGACGCGCUAGAUGAGGAGGGAACCAAGUUCAAGAUUAGAGAGCAGUUCAAACUCGCGUCCGAGGACGAUACCUGCAGCCACAUAUUGUUCGCCGCCUGUCACAACCCCGCAUACCUUUCUCAACUGGUUCCUUUCAGUGGUGUGCGCGAGAAGAUCACCCUUGUUCAAAGUGCAGGUUGGAACCAAGAGUUUGAUCAAUUCGGCCUGAACGUUACUCAAUUCCCAACAGUCUUUAGGUGGUCUGAAGUACCAAAAACAGCACCGACGAACAGAUCGGUGUCAUCCAGCACGGCCGCAGAUUCUGCUCCGUACAAAGCUAUUGUAGUCACUACACGUCCUACCCUCCGAACGAAUUCCUGGCGUAGGGAUGGCCCUGUCAAUGGGAAUCGUUCUGCUCUCAGUAGUCCGGAGUUGGUACCCGCUCGUCCCAAUAGCAGCAACAAUGCAGCCAGUCCAAAGAAAGAGCCUUCCGCGGCAUCAGACAAGUUCAAGCAACCAUGCAGGCAUUUCUUAAAGGGCACCUGCCGCUUCGGCGACAAAUGCACAUUCUCCCACGCAAACCCUCGUCAGACGUCAUCGCACACGCAACCAAACCCCACGACCGGCCGCUCUAAUCUCUCCUCACACUUACCCAAGAAGCUGACUCCAGGCUUCGUCCCCGUCAAUGCCCAAAAUCAACGUCUGGACACAUACAUUCGACCGCCGACGGACCAAGAAUUCUCAAUCUACCAAUCGCGCUUCCACCAGCGCAAACCGUGCAACAGCUUCCAUCUGCAGCAGUCGUGUACAAAUUUUGACUGUGCGUACGAUCACUCUGCACUCGAGCCCGAAUCGCGCCAUGUCCUGAGUUACGUACUGCGGUGCACGGCGUGUCCGCGCAAGGGCGAUUGUAGGCUUGAGGAUUGCUUCUAUGGACAUAUUUGUCAGAAGGAGGGGUGUACGGGGCAGAUGAAGGGGUGUAGGAUGAAGGGGCUGCAUGAUGUGGAUCCAAAGGUCACAGGGAUGGAGCCGGCGGAGAGGAGGGAGAGGGUUGUGCACGAGGAGAGUGCUGCGGAGGCUGUGCAGACGCUGAUCGAUAUUGAGGAUAAUGUCGAGGAUCGUGUCGAGGAUCAUGUCGAGGAUCAUGUCGAGGAUCAUGUCGAGGAUCAUGUCGAGGAUCAUGUCGAGGGAAAAGGGGAGUAUAAGGCUGAGGAAACGAAUGAACUGGUGUAUCAUUGGUGA